AUGGCACCGACUUCUUUGUCUAUUUCUGAUUCAGUUCCUGCUAUGCAGUGGGCACUUGUGCCCAAAAGAAGCUCUGGGAGCAGCAUAAAACCCGAGUACAUCCAGAUACCAGUCCCAGCAAUCGCAGCCGAUGAUGUUCUUGUCCAGAUCAAGUUUUCCGGUGUUUGCUAUCAACACUCUGAGACAUGGAAAGAUGAAGCCUGGACCAAGACGCAUCCCAUCGGUGGCCACGAAGGAACCGGUCUGGUCGUGGCAGUCGGAGAGAAUGUCGACAAUCUAGCCGUGGCAGAUCGAGUGGGGGUUCAGUGGGCUAAUCAAUCCUGUGGCAACUGCGAUUUCUGCCACAGCGGAUGUGAGCCGCUUUGCCCUGAUGCUCGCUUCUCAGGAUACACGGUGGAUGGGACCUUUCAGCAAUACGCUGUAUGCAAGGCUACCCACGUCGUCAGAAUUCCUGAUGAUGUUGCGUUGGAUGAAGCUGCUUCGAUACUUUGCUCCAGUGGCACCGUUUACAAAGCUCUCAAGGAGAGCAAUGCCCAGCCGGGCCAGAUUGUCGCCAUCGCCGGUCAAGGAGGCUUGACUUCGUUCGCUUGUCAGCUUGCCAAGGCAUGUGGAUUUCGAGUACUCGCCUUGGCCAACGAAGCCAACGUGACGGCGAUGAAGCUGCUAGGAGUGGCCUUCUUUGUCGACUGUCUCUCUCCAGACGUUGUUUCGGAGGUGAAGUCAGUCACCGGUGGAGGUCCCCAUGCUACGUUGGUUGUCACGGCAGAAGAGACAUUAUUCCAUCAAGCAAUUCAGUUUGUUCGGCCAAGAGGGACUGUCGUUGCAGUGGGUGUUCCUGCUGGCGGUAUCCAGACAGAUCUUUUCGUGCCGAUGAUGCGCAUGGUCAACAUCAAAGGCUCGUGUGUUGCCAACAGCAGCGAAACAGCAGAGGCACUCGGGGUCGUCACCCAAGCCAAAUUGAACAUUCCACAUCGCGUUUUGGAGUUGCAGGAUCUUCCUGGUAUUCAUGAAUUAAUAGACAAAGGCGAAUUGCAAGAACGAGUGGUUCUCAGUCUUCCUGAACCUCACCAAGACGAUCCAUCAGACGGUGCCUUUGCCUUGUCCCCCAGAGUGCCUGAGUUCAGUCAGAGCCAGUACAAUAUCGGAACAUAUCUCGCAUACCGACUGGAAGAGCUGGGGAUCCGAGAUUACUUUGUGGUUCCGGGCGACUUCAAUUUGAUCCUUCUCGACCAGAUACUCAAGAGCGAGUACCUGCGCAUGGUGGGUUGCUGCAACGAACUUAAUGCCGGAUACGCCGCUGAUGGAUACGCCCGGUCCUCGCCGACACGCGUGGCCGUCGUGAUGGUUACAUUCAUGGUCGGUAGUCUCUCUGUCGUGAAUGCCAUUGCCGGGGCCUACUCGGAUCGCCUGCGCGUAGUGGUGGUCUGCAGCUGCCCCAAGUCCAUCACAUUUGGUCAGAAUCGAGUAAUUCACCACACCCUCGGCGUCCCAGACCGAGACCAGUCACUGCGGAUGUACCGAGAAGUUACCACGGCCUCUGUUCGGCUGAGUCGUGACCAAAAGAGUGCUCGCCAAACGCUUGACCAAACGCUGGUGCAAUGUGUCGAAAACUCGUUGCCGGUGUAUAUCGAAAUCCCUGCAGAUAUUUCCGAAAUGCCCUGCGAUUCACCACAGCCAUUGGCAUUUCAACGUCCCGACUUGGCUCCUGCGAAUCAGCUUCAAGAAGCAAUCCACGCCGUGACCGAUGCGUGGAACUCGGCUCACAGACCCGUUGUCUUGAUCGGCGCACUGGCACGAUCCGUCCUUCCCGAAACACUCGUGGCCGUGCUAGACAAACUCGGCUGCGCUGUCUUUUGCCAACCAGAUGCAAAGUCACUGGUUCCUGAGAAUUAUCCUCAGUUUGCUGGCACUUUCUGGUCGAAGGCGUUGGAGCCGGCGUUGUGUGGGGAGACGGUAAUGAACUCGGACUUGUGGGUGGUGAUCGGUGGACGGUGGAGUGACUAUCACACACUGGGAGACACGCUGGAUAUUUCCAAAGAGUCAUAUCGAGUGUUGGACCUGCAGGAUGAGUACAUCCAGGCCCCCGAGUCUCACAUCAUUCAAGGCAUCCCGCUGGCCCAGGCACUCACAGCGCUGGUCAAGUCGGACAUCAAGAAGAAACCCAUCGCCAUGGAAUUGACUAAGCAGGAAUCUCAUCCAAUGUCCAUGAAUAAUACGACAUUGACCGUGGCUAGCAUUCUCAGUGGCAUCGAGCACCUGCUCCGACCACAGGAUACGUUGAUUGCCGAAACGGGAGACAGCUGGUUCAACGCUCAACGUAUUCGACUGCCGCAUGGAACCGACUUUCAGAUGCAGAUGAUUUACGGCUCGAUUGGAUGGAGCUUGCCGGCGACAAUGGGCAGCCAAUUGGCCCGGCCAGAUGGGCGAACAGUGUUGAUGAUCGGGGAUGGCAGCUUUCAGAUGACGGCGCAGGAAGUGAGCACGAUGAUCCGGAUGCGGAUGAACGCGGUGGUGUUUAUCUUCAACAACCUGGGCUAUGGAAUCGAGACGGCCAUCCAUGAGGGUCCGUACAACUACAUCAGCAACUGGAACUACGCCGCGUUCACGUCCAGCCUGAGCGGCGUGUUCCACACUCAGGAUCUCGACAAUCCGUACUUGUCCAGCGCCGAGAAGCAGAAGGAGAUGGACCCAUCCGUGUUUGCAAUGCAGAUCAAGACCCACGGCGAACUGUUGGUGGCGUUGAAUCGCGUCCAGCGCGAGCCGGAAAAACUGGCGAUCCUCGAAUGUUGCAUCGAGCCGAAGGACAUCAGCGACUUGUUGGUUCGCUUUGGUUCUGCCGUGGGGAAGAAGCAUUGA